GCAAAACAGGCAGCGACUUAACACGUAUAGAUCCUGAAUCCCAGCCCACUUGGAGAUCGAUUGCACAAAUAACUAAGCUUCGACCCAUUUGCAGUCGGACCUCAUUUUCCUCUACGGCCCAUUGAAGCGGUGUAGUCUUUUGCCUGGAAAUGCGGAGAGGAGCUUUGACUGGCUGGGGGAUUUUGGGAACAGCCAUAGUUGUUCUUUUGGGAUCGGUUCUAAAAAGGUCAAGACGGGUUAAAGCCGCACGUGAAAUGAAUAAGAGGGCCUGCGAUCUAUUCAUACGCAGGCACGGUGCUCCUGACAGUCGGUCUAUUGUGCGUGCUACAUAUGGAGUUGCAAGGGAGGAAUCACGGGAGGCGUAUUGUGAGUUCAAACAACGGAUACGACCAGGCGACUUACAAGAACACCUCGAAGAAACGUUUCUUGUGCCCGAUGACGUUGAUCACCAGGAUGCCGCCAUGUGUCUGCGCUGGCAGAUGAUCCAGACCGACCGGGAAGAGAGGUGGCGGGCUUCAUGGGACGACGAUCCGCCCCUCUCAACUCCCAAGAAUCGAGCUUGGCAGGCACCACCUACCUACACUUUUGCGGGCUGCUCGACCAAGGAGAACGCGAAGCUGUGGCGCAAGUGCUUGAACAGCAUCAAGGCCGACAUAGCCAAGGAGGAGGACAGGCAGUCCCGGGACAACAUGAGAGCCUGCUUGGCAUGGGUCAGCUCUCACGGCUAUCCGUCCACCGACUACUGCCUGGUGUGGGCAGCGUGCGGGAUCGCGACUUGCACGACGCAGGGAGAGUUCUCCAGGUUCUGGGCAGCCCACGGCCAGCCCUCAGAUCGCGUGAGCGUCUAUGCCUUGGGGUUAUCACAUGCGGACGAGACGGUGAUCCACUGGCGACACGGCCUUGCGACAGCUUGUCUAGGUGUCCCUCCUGCACGGGUAGGAUAUGAAGAGACCUGGCCGGAAUAUUUUGUCAUGAUGGAGUGGUUGGAUGAGAUUUCUCCCAGCCACGUGAAGAUGCUCUAUUCAUCAUCGUCAGGAAUGCUGUGGCUCUUGCAGUUGCUAGCACAAAAUAGGGUCAAGGACAGUCACUUCCCUGACUGUUUUGAAUCAGCUCUACUAUGGGAUCUUCAAGUUGGCAAGGAUGUAUUGCUGGGUACAUUACCCAGGUACACACAUAACCAGGUUCUCACAAACGGCACACCCGAUAAUUACCAUGAUAUGGAAUGCGGGUAUUUUUUUCAGGAUUGAUACAUCAUAUAUGCUCAUGGUUUAUCAACGAGUUUCAUCAAUUUCCCGCUGACAGAGAAGCACUGGUGGAGCGGACAGCAGAGAGGACUUGGAAGACGAUCAGUCAGUUGCGUACGACCCGAAUUGCAAGUGCAACUUAGAUGUGA